GCAGAUGUGUAAAAAAGAAUAAUACAAUUUUUGCCUGAAAUGGAUGUCAGAGAAUUAACUAAUGUGCCUGGUGAGUAAAUUUUUGCACAAAAAAAAAUAUUUUGCAUUGUAAAAUAUAUAUUUAUUUACAUUUUGUAAUGAACUGUUCUUCUGCAAAUAAAUUUCACUCAUAUUUAAAAGUAAUUUUUAAUUAGUUCACUAACCCUUUAUCUGGAAUAAAAAAGAAAUGCCUGAGGAAAGGUGGCAAUGUUUAUAAAAGGCAGAUGAAGUAGCAAUUUUUAACACCUGCAUUUAUUUAUAAAUUGCCACAUGAGUGAAACUGUUUUUUUGUUUUUUUAUGUCACUUGUAUGCUAUUUAUUAAGUGUAGUAAAGAUAUAUUUAAAAAAAAUUAAGCAUGUAAUGUCAAGAGAAGUUACUGGAAUUUAAAUUGAAUAUAAGUUGUAAUAAAGUUCCACAAACUGCUUGGAACAUACACACUAAAACUCAUAAAAUGAAAUUGUGACGUCUUCCUUUUUCAGACUAUCAGAAAAUUUUGCAAACAGGCUUUGCUGCAAACAGACUUUCAAAGGGUGAGUAAAAUUUAAAUAAUAACCUCUAGAUAUCUGAGUGUAGAAGUAUUAUGAAAAGAUUGUAGAGCAUAUCUGAGUAGAGAAUAAUUGUGAAGCAUUGUAGAGCACGUCUGAGUAUAGAAGUAUUUUGAAAUAAUAUAGAUAUAAGUAUUCUUUACUUUUAUCUCUUGGUUAGUCAGCUAAAAAUGAAUAUGUUAACAAUAAAUUGGGUAACCCCAAGUGCUUCCCUUUUCCUGGGGUUUUGCUUAUCUGAAAAAGUAUGAUCAAAGUACCGUAUUUAUUGGCGUAUAACACGCACCUUUUCUCCCCGAAAUUAGGGGGCAAAUCAUGUGUGCGUGUUAUACGCCGAUAUAAUGUUACAUGUUUUUUUCCUGUAAUUUCUUUCUUAAAUUGGGGUGCGUGUCAUACGCAGGGGCCUGUUAUAUGCCAAAAAAUACAGUAACUCUCAUCCUGGGAAAAAUUAAUUCAAUUAAAAUUCUAUUAUAGACUAAUUGAACUAUACAAGAGUGUUUUAGAUAUAUAUAAUUGCUUAGUUGUUUAAUUGCGUAAUUGCUUCAGACUUCCUGAGGACCUCCUACAGGUCUGCCUGCUCUGGUGAUACCCUGCCCUGGUGGUACUCUACUCUGGUGACACCCUGUGCUGUAGCACCCUUUUCUUAUUGCACUCUGCUCUGGCGUCACUCAGCUCUUGUAUUUAACUUAUGUUACUAUUUUCCAUUUGUGACACCCCCUUGUCAGGGUGUAACCCUGUGCGGUCUGCAUCCUUUGCACAACUCAAAUUGAUCAUGGGCCCUCAAAAUAAAGAAGAAGAAUUGAUGCGACUACUUAUGCUCAAAACAUCAAAAGCUCCAUAGGCUUGAAAAUAGCACAUGAGUAGGCUGUCAAUAGUUCCUACCUUUUGCAACUUUACAUCUUUAGGUGCAAGGAUUUUCCCCAUAAAAAUAAAUCAGAGAAAUCAAUUAUUGAACCCCAAAUACAGUAUAUAAUUUGUUUUCCCAAUUUUGAUUUUAUUGCAUCAAAAAUGAAGCACUGUAUAUCCUAUUUUUUAAGUGAAUUUUUUUUGCCCAAGAAAUCAUUUUGUUCCAUAAUUAAGAGUUUGUUAAUUUAUUUUAUCGCAUUUAUUUUAUAAUUUUUAUAUUUAUAAUUGUAACCUCUGAAUAAAUAGAUUGAAUAACCAUUUUGAAUUAAAAUUAUCUAUGACUUUCUUCCUUUCAAAUCAGGGGGUAACGUUGGCUUAAAACAGCGGUUCUCAACCUGUGGGUCGCGACCCCUUUGGGGGUCGCACGACCCUUUCCUAGGGGUCGCCUAAGACCAUCUGAAAACACAUUUACUAACAGCUACGACGUAGCAACGAAAGUAAUUGUGCGGCUUGGGGUCGCCACGACAUGAGAAACUAUCUUAAAGGGUCGCAGCAUUAUGAAGAUUGAGAACCACUGGCUUAAAAGAAUGUAUUUUGGGUUAAUGGCUAAGAAAAAGUUUCGUGACCCCUGAGAUAAACAAAUUUAACACUAGACCAAGUCCAAGUCAAAUGUUAACAUAGACACACUUUACAUCAGGUUUGCACCAUCUAGGGUCACACAAAGCUGUGUAAAAUACACAUAUGAGACGUUAUCUAUUAGUUAAAUAUCUUUUUUUUUUAUCAAUGUCAAAAAGCAUUUUUGUGUGCGUUUUAGAUUGGAUUGAGGAAGUUGAGACUUUAAUUCCAUCACCAGUAAUUCAGCACCCAGAGCCUUCACAAAGAAAUAGCUUCAUGGUAAUGCAUAAUGACCCUUAUGCUCAAGACAGUUUUCCAACUGCAGCUUGGCAAAGUAAGGAACCUAUGAAUGGGGCUGAAACAAAAGUAAGCUUAGGCUUCAAUAAAUUCAUUUCAGAUUCACAGCCACAUUACAGAGCUUCAAAAUAUGACAGUAAAAUAUUUCUCAAAGAGGAAAUUCCUCAAAGGUCCACACAUUCCUUGAUACCGUACGUUGAUAUUAAUAAUUCUGAGCACAAAAAUGCAAGAAGAAAAAAUUCCCACAGACCUUAUACGAAUGAUAGCUCAGGGUAUACAGAGAACCAACAGUCAAAUUAUUUACAACGGAAAGACAUCAACACCAGUUAUUUAAAAGCACCUCAAGAUGAUCUCCGAUCUUGGCAGCAGCAACAUCAAGAAGAAUUAUUGCAUCAACACCUAGAAACUCAGGUGAGUUCAAGCACUUAGUAUCAUUCUUGGUUUCUUAUGUCUAUUAUCUUAUGCAUUAAUUAAUUUAAAAUUAUGCUUAUUCAUGGGAAGCAUCAGCCACGAAACUUGGAAAUGUUAAAAAAGGAAAGUAAAUAUAUGAUUGUAGAAUGUAGAGUCAUCUAUUUUUUGUUAAAAAAUAACGACUUUAUCAUUAAGUAGUGGUUCCUAAGUUGUGCACCCCGGCUGCUUGCAUCAACACAGCUGACUUACAGGGGCAUCUCAAAUAAUGUUGUUCCUAUAUUUUCCCUGAAAUGUCAACCCACAUGUUUUUAAUUCUGGACCAUCAAUGUGUUCUUGCACUGAUGGACAUUUCACAAACCACAAAUGUUGAGCCUUUCAAUGGUAACACUACAAGUCGCCAGAUGUUAGAAUUUUAAUAAAUUUUAGGCCUGUUUUCUGACUUUUCUUGAUUCUCAAAGACAGUGCUGUCCAAUUAAUUUUUUUUUAAAGCCGAGGACUACACCAGAAAAAAAUUUAAUUUAUUAGCUUUAUUAAUAUUUGUGUUUAUGUUUCUUUUAUUAGUAACAAAAGUCUUUUUUUAAAGUGAAUAAACUUUCAAGCAGUUCUUUACUGAGUAAACUGACUGGCAAAUAUGCUGGCAAAUUUUAAAUAUGCUUUUAUUAUUCAGUAGCUUGCUUAAAUUUUAAAAAAGUUUUAAGGGAACAUUUAUCUAUCUCUCUAGCUCAUUACAGAUGGUAGGAAAAAUAUAUUCACUAAUCCGCAUAUUAUUAAUCAAAUGAUAAUUGUUUAAUGAAGGUUUUUAAUAGUAACUUUCAAUUUUAGGCCUUGUAUGAUAGCACCACCAGUCAGACAACACAUAGUAUGCUGGAACCAGUUUUUGGCCAGCUUCACUUUGAAGAAACACCAUCUCAGUGGGAGCCUGUAAGGAGGGCUGCUGACAACAUUAUUAAGGAGAAAAACAUGAUAAUUGACAAGUUAGUAUUACAGCAUUUUUACCCUUUCAUCACAAUGGACUUUCAGUGCAUUGGACUUUCAUCACAUUGGACUUCCAUUACAAAAAAACAACCCAAUGACAACAAAAUAGUCACAAAAUUAUGGCGCUUAAGUAAAUUCCUGAUUACCUGAAUGUUAUUAAAGUAGGUCAUAGAAUCAUUGUAGUUGAUGAAAUUGAUAUCAUACUGCAAUGGUUGCGCUUAUCCCCCACAGUUAUUAUGUGCAUGCCAAAUAAAUAUCUUUCUCUCUCAGGCAGUGUUUUGGACACUUUUUUUCUUUACUUUUUGUUCACUUAUGUGGAUAAUUAUUUUGCUUCAAAAUUGGAUUAUAAUUUGAAAAGUAUUUUGGACUACUUUAUUGUAUGUGACAGGGAAUGUUUUUAUUAAAAACACCACAUUAUCCUUACCAAUUUUACUUGAAGCUGAAAGACACCCGUCACCCUACUUCACCAUGACAAGGCGCAUUGUCCCUUCUUUUCUCAUUGUAAAAAUAUAUUUGUGUUUUUUCUUCUUCAAAUAAGUCAUGUUAGUAUUAUUAGAGACAUUUUGCUUAAUUUACAAAAAAUAUUGUGCACAUUUAAAACACAUUAAUUAAUAAAACUGUCUUUUGGAUUUCUUAAAGAUUGAAAAACAGGAUUUUGGAACUAGAAGAAGACUAUAAUGUAUUAGAAACUAAUUUCAAGCAAGCUCUUAGGACCAAAGAGGAUGAAGCAGAUUUAAUGAAGAAAAAACUUCAGGUAAAGGAACAAACAGAAACCAUUUUCAUGAUCAAGACUUUUUUUUUUCAUUAUUACCACUCUGUAGUCCAGAGGUUCUGAACUUUUUAAAAUAAAUUUAUCCCAUCAUAUAAAACAUGGAAUCUUAACCUAUUUUGUUCCAUGGACCACAUUGCCAGUCAAAGUGAGGCCCCAGCCCCUUAUCAGAAUAAUGUUUUUCAAUUUAUACAAUAAUAUUACAAAGGAAAUGCAACUCACAGACCACCAGGGGGUCUGUAAACAACAGUUUAAGAAGCCCUGAUUUUAAAGCAUCAUUCACUUAGACACUUUGCACUACUGUCAAAUUGAACAGGAACAGGUGAUAUUUCAUAAAUAAACUAAACUGUCAAAUAAGGAAAAUAGGAUAAGAUGUUUGGAAAUGAAACUUUUAUUCUGUAUUAGAAUUUACACAGCUUUGUAGCCAUCUUCCUGACCAUUUUUUACAAUUUUGCACCUUAGGAUUAGGCCAGGACUAAUGCAAGGCUUGUAUUUCAUUAUUAUUAAAAAAAAUUAAACCUUUUAGGUGUGCCAUUGGCUUUUGGGAAAACUGUUUUUGUGAUUGAACAGUUUUCUAUAGUAACCAAGACUAUCUGUGAUUAGAAAUUAAUGGCAUGGAAAGUCAGAGUUCCUGUUAUCAAGCAUCUAAUUUCCUGGUCAAUGUUUUUUUUUUUUAUACAAGUUUUAUUUGUAUUAAAAUAUGGCUGAACGGAUUAUUACCCUCACACUCAAAUUCCGCAAAUGAAAAUUUCCCACAAGAUGAUUGCAAACACAGAAAAUUCGCCAUGCAGAAAAGUCCCCAUUAGUCAGUGAAUUAUAUUUUAAAAUCCAGUAGGUAACAUUUAUUCUAUAAACAUCACCAUUGUAUGUUACCCGCAUGUUAUAAGCUUACUUAAAUAUGGUAAGCUAUUCAAUUAAAUAUAUUGCAUGAUUUUCCCACUUCUCAUUUUCACCCAUUUAAAAUAAGGGAAAGAAGAGGGUGAAAAGUUUCUAAGACAAAAUGUCUUGAAUAAUUAUGGUUCAUCUUUUGGUGAGAAUCUUGUCAUACGGUAGUCCUUAUCCUUUUUCUAUUCAAAUUGAAAUUAAUGAUGUAUCAACUGCUAAUUUUGUGAUGUAGAUUCCUUUCAUAUUUCUUACUGGGUUAUAUUAACAGUUUAAAAGUUAAACCCUGUGUAGUUCCAUCAUAGCAGUGGUUCCCAACCGUGCUCUGUUAGCAGUGCACGUCUCAUAGGUUUUGCUGUUGCUCUAGGAAACUCCUAAACAUCAUUAAAUUAUAAGGUAAUUAUAGGCCUAAGGGGCUCCAUUGUAAAAAAAUUAUUCUUACAAGGGGUCCACAAGUCAAAAGGUUGGGAACCACUUUAUUGUAGCAUUAAGCAAACUAAAAAAAAUAAUUUAAUCACACUCCUUUGUCAGUUGCCUAGGAAAAGUUUCAAAGAUUGUUUUUGUGAUACAUUAGUUUUCUUUUUUCAAAAUUAGGAAUUACAGCAUAAAACUAUUUCCAUGAAGGAGCAAAUGAAUGAGGCAAGCUCAAAACAAAUGACGGAGGUGGAUGAUUUAGAAAUGAAACUAGGGUAAGGAAAAUAACAGAAGUUCAUUUUUAAAAUAAUCUUUCUUCCAUUUUUUUUCAAUCAUUAUAUUUAAUUACAUAACAUUUUGGGGGUUUAAGUUAUAUAAAUUAUUUUGAAUAAAAUUUGCCUAAGGACCCAUACAUUUCUGUAUUUCAUAUAACUUGAGGAACUUUGGUAGGAGGAGAUUCUCUGAAGUGGGAAGAAAGUGCAUGAGAUUGAACACAGACAAUGUCCCCAAAUUUCUUAUUCAUGUUAAAGUUUUAUGAAACGCUUUGUUAAACCAAUACAUAAAGAAAUAUAACAAGUUUUCCUUUCAAAAAAUGAAGCGCCUGCGAGCACCAGUUACAGCAGAUGAGAACCGAACUGCAAACUAAAGACACUUUGACCUCUGAACUACAGACACAAGUGAGUAUAAAAUAUCAUUUAUUGAUGUUUUUUUACAUCCAUAUUGCUAUUAAAAAUAUAAGCUUGAACUGGGCGGCUAACUUGGCUUUUUUAGAUCCUGAGCAUCAUGAGUUUAAGAGCUGAUUGCUGGGAGGAUAGAAGUCAAUACAAAGUUAGAUCCACUUGAAGCUAAGCUGAAAUGAUGAGUUGAAGGGCUGUGUUGCUUGGGAGGAUACAAGUCAAUACAAAGUUAGAUCCACUUGAAGCUAAGCUGAAAUGAUGAGUUGAAGGGCUGUGUUGCUUGGGAGGAUACAAGUCAAUAAAACGUUAGAUCCACUUGAAACUAAGCUGAAAUGAUGAGAUGAAGGGCUCUGUUGCUGGGAGGAUACAAGUCAAUACAAAGUUAGAUCCACUUGAAACUAAGCUGAAAUGAUGAGUUGAAGGGCUGAUUGCUGGGAGGAUACAAGUCAAUACAACGUUAGAUCAACUUGAAACUAAGCUGAAAUGAUGAGUUGAAGAGCUGAUUGCUGGGAGGAUACAAGUCAAUACAACGUUAGAUCAACUUGAAACUAAGCUGAAAUUAUGAGUUGAAGGGCUCUGUUGCUGGGAGGAUACAAGUCAAUACAAAGUUAGAUCCACUUGAAGCUAAGCUGAAAUGAUGAGUUGAAGGGAUGUCUUGCUGGGAGGAUACAUGUAAUUACAAUUUAAGAUCCACUUGAAGCUAAGCUAAAAUUAUGAGUUGAAGGGCUGUGUUGCUUGGGAGGAUACAAGUCAAUACAAAGUUAGAUCCACUUGAAAAUAAGCUGAAAUGAUGAGAUGAAGGGCUCUGUUGCUGGGAGGAUACAAGUCAAUACAAAGUUAGAUCCACUUGAAACUAAGCUGAAAUGAUGAGUUGAAGGGCUGUGUUGCUUGGGAGGGUACAAGUCAUUAAAACUUUAGAUCCACUUUAUACUUAUAAUUUCUCAGAUCCAUUACGACUUUAGGGCAUCUGUUGUGUGGCCCAGAGCUCUGCAACCUUUUUUCAUGCGUCUCACAGCCCAGAGCUUUCCAUGAAUUCCGUGUCACACCAUGUGUAAAAAUAUGUUUAAAAUAUUGGUGUUUUUAGAGUUGCAUAUGUGAAAUUUACAUGGGGCAGUAAAACUUUUAUCCUAAAUAACAGAAUAUAUUUAACAUUCAUAAUGGCUUGCAUUGCUAAAAGAUAUCUGAUUAAACUAUUGCUCCAUGUAUUGGAUAACUUUCUGUUGCCGCAGUGGAUGAAAAAAUACCAUGGCAGUGGGCUAAUUGAUGUCCCUUUUGUAUCAACACAGUUGUAUAGUUAUUGGCUGACAUAUACUCUGUGCUUUUUCUCCCUUUUUUUUUUGAUGCACACCCAGCAUCAUCUUGCACCACGCCACUGGUUGCAGAGCUGUGGUGUAGUCUGACCUUCUUAACCCUUUAUGCCAGCUACCAGGGAACUCUCUAUGACUGUUGCCAUUUAGUCAGCAGCUGUUUAAUAAUUUCAUAUUUACAAUUGUCUUCCAGAUUUGAAAGGCUUUAUGGGGCAGUGGAUUGGGGAUGGUGGGCCAACAUUUUAUGGGGCAGUGGAUUUGGGAGGGUGGGCCAACAUUUAAUGGGGCAGUGGAUUAGGGAUGGUGGGCCAACAUUUUAUGGGGCAGUGGAUUGGGGAUGGUGGGCCAACAUUUAAUGGGGCAGUGGAUUGGGGAUGGUGGGCCAACAUUUAAGGGAAAACUAUUUUAAUAAAAAAAAAGAAAUUAUUGUGUUAAUUUAAAAAUGGUAGCAAAGGUCAGUCUAUAACAGGUGAAAUAAAAAAUGUGAAAGCAGUUAUAAUUCAGUCAUUACAUCUUUAAAAUUCUAUACUCGUUAAAAACUUUUUGUACACUUUAAAAACUUGAGAUUUCCAUUUUUCUAAAGUUAACUGAAAAAACAGAAAAGGCCAAAGCCUGGAAAGCAAAGUUUCUUGAAUGUUGCAACAGUCAUCACGAUAUGAAAAAAAAAUUAGAUGGACUUCAACACUACUUUGAUGAGCUGCCAACUCUAGAGGAGAGCAGGAUACAGGCCCAAGAAGUAGGUUUGCUGACUCGUUUUAACACUACUGAUAAGAAGAGUGGAUGGGUUGAGAUCAGCGUGAUUGAGGGGUGGAUGUCAAAACCCACUCAAAAUCUUUCAUCAAUUGAAAUUCAAUAGAUUUCAAAAACCCUUUGUUGCUGAGAAUUGGUUUUGUUUACAUUUAUUUCAGUCAAAAUACUUUUUCUCAAAAUGCAUAUUUGCUUAAAAGUUUCAUUUUAUUCAGUAUAGUUUGACUCACACCAUAACACUACCGUAACUGAUAAAUCCGUCCUGUUCAUAAAAGUUUCUAUUAUAACAAUAAAUGAUAAAUCUGUCUUGUUCAAAUUAGUUUCUAUUAUAACAAUAAAUGAUGAAUCUGUCCUGUUCAAAUUAGUUUCAAUUAUAACAAUAAAUGAUAAAUCUGUCUUGUUCAAAUUAGUUUCUAUUAUAACAAUAAAUGAUGAAUCUGCCCUGUUCAAAUUAGUUUCAAUUAUAACAAUAAAUGAUAAAUCUGCCCUGUUCAAAUUAGUUUCAAUUAUAACAAUAAAUGAUAAAUCUGUCUUGUUCAAAUUAGUUUCUAUUAUAACAAUAAAUGAUGAAUCUGCCCUGUUCAAAUUAGUUUCAAUUAUAACAAUAAAUGAUAAAUCUGCCCUGUUCAAAUUAGUUUCAAUUAUAACAAUAAAUGAUGAAUCUGUCCUGUUCAAAUUUAUUUCUAUUAUAACGAUAAAUGAUAAAUCUGUCAUGUUCAAAUUAGUUUCUGUUACCGAGUGUCUAUUACUGUAAUCCAAAUCUAUUCAACAACAAAUGUUUCAGCUCUUGUCUUUGAAGGCAGAACGAUAUUCAAUGAAUACGAG